UGUGGUUGAGCUGCAGAGGUUUGUAGAUGACAAACCUGCCGAUAAAUAUAAGUGACUGUCUGUCUUGUAAAAACCUCUGCGGCUGACGGGAUCUGACGUCGAUUAAAAAUCACACACAGGCUGCUGCUUUUUAUCUGGGUUUGAAUAUGGCUCUGUCAUUCCUCUUGGUCUUGGCUGCAACUGUGAUUCUUAUCAGACCCGAGACACCUGUAACUAAGGCCCUACAUCAGAAUUCACUCGAGUGUUGUGGGGAGAAACAAAGAGCGAACAAUUCAUGUUCAAAUGACACUCACUGUGAACCAGGAUGCUUCUUACGUGUCCUUGACAAUAGCAACACUGUUUGCAUAUUCUGUGACUCUGCAGCUGUAGAUUUGGAGAACAUAACAGUCUGCACCUACAACUACACAGUGGAGAGGAAAAAUCAUACAACAGUAACUACUGUCAUUCCUAAAAUUGGAGGGCCAGGUGUUGCUGCCUCUCUUCUUCUGGGAACACUGUUGAUCAGCCUGUUUCUGAUUCUCUCUGUGGCCUCUUUCUUCUACCUCAAACGCUCCAACCGACUCCCGAGCAUCUUCUACCGCCGCAACAAGGCAUUCAUAUUCCAGCCAAGUGAGACAGCUGUCAUGAUACCCUCCUCUACAGUGAGGAAGCCAAGGUAUGUCAGAAGGGAGCGGCCCUCUGCAACUUCAACACUGAAUAGUGCCAUCAUACCCACAACAUCCACGACUCAAGUCUAUAAUGUGUAGGAGGAGGAUGGGAGUGCUGGUGCAGGUACAUAAAAGAGAAAGCUCAGGAACGAUGUUUGAUUUUCAUAUCAUGUUGAAGGUUCAGCAGUGCAGACAAAGUAUGACUGAUUAACUCAUUCUUAAUGUAGGUGGCCAAAUUUAACUGUAGCUGCUUGUGCUGCGUUCUUACCAUGUGGGCUUUUAUUUUUUCUGUAUUUAAUUUAAAGUGUAAUAAUGGAGAGAAUCAGUAAAUCCCUGAUAGUCGCUGAAUCAUUCAUGUUUCAGCGACUGAUACCAAUGAUAUCUAGCUGUUAAAACUGCACUAACUGACUUUUUGGGUGCAUAAACAAAAGCUGUGAACAUAUAUUAUACACAUAUUAUCAUCUUUUAAAUUGAACUUGUUAGCAAAAGGUUGCUCUUUUAAACAUCCAGCAGACACAGAGCAGAAUAAGCAUUCAUUUGGAGUUGUGUUUUUGACCAUCUGGAUGAAAUAAGUCUAAUAUUCACUCUCAUUUUAGCUCCGUUUUGGUCUCCAUCAACUCCUGAGAAAAAUAUGUUUGGUAUUGGGCAGAAACAGGUUUUUCGAGCUUCUUCAGUGCAAACAGCUGUUUGCUGUGGCUGAAAAAGGAUGUUAUGAGAGCAGUGAGAAUUAACCUAAACCGUAAAAUUAUGAGCCAGAAAACCAAAACAAUGGGCUAAAAGAUGCUAAAAUGUUUUGCAGAGCUUAGUAAAACCACACUUAGUUGAUAAUUAUCUGUGGUUUUGACACCACAAGUGAUCUCUUUCACCUAUAAUUAAUAAUCGUUAAAUAUAGCCAGCAGAUGGGCAGUUUAGCUUAGCUUAGCAUAAAGACAGCCAAGAAGUAGUCUGGCACAUAGCCCCAACCCCAUGAAAUCACAACUUGUCAUUUUUACACUUUAGUUUUUGUAUGGAUGGAACAAAUAAGAUGUUAAUUAUUGAACCUUAGAGAUGAUUUCCCCUUUUUCCUCUGAGCAGAGUCAGAGGAAGAUGUUUUUUUAGUUAAACUAACCGUCUCCGCAUGGAUAUGAGACAGCUAUUGAUCUGCUCAUCUAACUCAAGAAAAGCUAAAAAUCUCCCCAAAAUUAUUCCUUUAAGUGAUGGGUUUCUGAAUACAUGGACCAGUCUAUAUAAAGCUAAGAUGAAUCGAGCUUGAGACCAAAUUAAGUGACCGUGAUAAACUGAUUUUCAGUACAAAGUAACAGCCCAUUAACAUCUGAUGGAAGCCUGUUUUUUUGUUGUUGUUAAACUUUGCUUAUUAGUAUGUUUUUUUACAUGUGUAAUAUUUAUUUGCGUUUUGUAACUGUGCACUGAGUUUUACUGCUUAGGAUCAGACCAACACAUAAACUAUGUGUGUAAUAGCAGUGGAGUUUGUCUGGUGGACUGGGACGGUUUAGGUGCUUUAUUGAUGAUUGACUGAUUGCAUAUUGUAUUUUUAUUAUCGUGUUUGUAUUUAUUAUUUUUAUCAGCUCAACCAAGAUGAAUGUAUUCCACAGGUACAACAAAUCACGCAUCGCAGUUGCAUGCAUCAUUUUUUGCAUUCCACAGCAGGCCAAUCAUUAAAGAGCUCAUUUUCAACAAUAAUAACCUGAUCGUUCAUAAGAAAAUCUGUGACUUUUAAAUUUCCUGAAUUUGCUCAAUGAAGAAAAAUUAAAUUCUAAUAAAUUUACCUCUAAAAACAUAGAUUUACUGGAUCAUAGUGCACUUUAUUCGUUGGACCAUAAUUUUGAUAGAAAUACUUCAGAAAAUCUUGUUGCCAUUGAAUGUGAUUGAGAUUUUUUUCGUCGUGUAGCUGGCAACGUUAUUGUUGCAUUGUGAACCUUACUUGACUACUGUUACCUUUGUCUAAUGUUGUCUGAACAAAAUGGCUCAUCCCCUAUGCCAUAACUGUGAUCACUGUGCCAUUUUGAGCUUUAAACACAGCCAGGAAACGUUUGGUCAUGACGUUAUCUGUGAAGAAUAAUUGGGUAUGUUAAUUAUAUCCAGUGGCCUUUACUGUAUGUAAGAUUUUAAAGCAAAGCGAGUUAUCCAAGUUUUAUGUGCUACAAGGCAUCUUAUUCCAUAUAGUUUUAUAUCUUAACAACAUGAAGUCAUUUUCAUCUUCAGUAUAUGUGAAGCAAUGUGACGUGAAACUAUUCACAACCAGAUAAAAGGCAGCGAUCAUUCCAUGAAUAUUCCCCUUUUGCUUCAUGUGUUUGCUGUUGUACAGCUGAAUACAUGUACAUACUGUUUUAUACAAAUGAUGUAUUGUUUUGUAAUUAUGUACAUAUUCUACUUUCAAUGCCAUGAAGAAUGCUCUCAAGAUGUGUAAUGUUUGCAGAAA